AUGGCAAAGCACGAGGAUAAUGGAGAAUCCCUGCAUGAACGUCAGGAGGUCUUCCAGAGGUUUCCACUGGUGCCGGUCCAGGGAAUUCCCCUCAUGGAACCCAUUGUGCGACAGUGGGCUCAUAUUGAAAAUUUUGAAGCCCGGCCGGAUGACUUAGUCAUCGCCACCUACCCCAAAGCAGGUACCACGUGGACACAAGAAAUUGUAGAUCUGAUUCUUGCCAGAGGUGAUCUAGAAAAAGCACGCCGGGCCCCAAUAUUUAAUCGCAUCCCAUUUCUAGAAAUCUGUUCGAUAGACCCUUUUCCUUCAGGGAUUGAUCUACUAGUGAACGCACCGUCCCCUCGUGUGAUGAAAACUCACUUGCCGUUCCAGCUUCUCCCUAAAAGCUUUUUGGAAAAGAAUUGCAAGAUUAUCUAUGUCGCUCGCAAUGCCAAAGACAACCUGGUCUCCUAUUACUUCUUCGACCAGAUGAAUUUGAUACAGCCAGACCCAGGGCCGUGGGACGGUUAUGUUAAGAAAUUCAUGGAGGGUACAGUUCCGUGGGGCUCUUGGUAUGAACACAUCCGGCAUUACUGGGAUCAGAGACCAAACUACCGUAUCCUGUAUCUCUUCUAUGAGGACAUGAAAGAGGACCUGGUUCGUGAGAUCCGGCGUGUGAAGGAUUUCCUGGAGGUUGACCUGUCUGAGGAGAUCGUUCAGAAGAUUGCCCAACACACCACCUUCCAAGUCAUGAAGGACAACCCAUUGACAAACUGUGAAAAUGUCCCCAGCACAAUUUUUGACAAGACAAAAAGCCCCUUUAUGAGGAAAGGUGAAGUUGGCGACUGGAAGAAUUAUUUCACGGUGGCUCAAAGGGAGGCAUUUGAUGCUGAUUACCGGAGAAAGAUGGAAGGAACGACCCUGCCUUUCCGAGAUGUAUUAUAA